AUGGAUUAGAUCACUCUAAUUUGGAAUAAAUUUCGAAAUAACAUUUAGAAUGUAUUUAAAAGUAAAAAUGAUGAUAUAGAUAAGAGAAUAACCUUAAUUUUAAAUUUUCUAAUAAAAGAAGUUAAUUUAAAUCAUAAAAGGAAUGAUCAUAAAAUUGAAAAUUUAGUUUUUGUUCGAGCUUUUUAAAUCAAUAUAGGAUUAAUUUAAUGUGAAUAUUGCUUUUUAUAGAAUAAAAAUAACCUCAAUUAUCAGUAUUCCUUGAAUCUUAUUUAAUUCUUAGAAGAUGUUUUCUAUUUUAUAGAUUAAAUUUCUAGUUUAUUUUCAAAUGAUUAGUAAUAUUAAGAAGAAAAAAAUUACCAUUAACUUAGAAUCUAUAAUGUAAUGAAGGAAACAUUUGAUACUAAAUCAAUAAACAAAGACAUUAUUUGGAAAAUUAAUAAAUUUAUUAUGGAAAUAGAAUCUGCUUUGUUCUAUCCUGAAGAUUUUAUAGACUAUUUAGGAAAUAGCCAUUAUUAAAGAAUAAACAGAAUUUAGAUUAAUUAAAUAAUUUAAAAUAUUAAGGAUACAUAACAACAAAUUAUACCAUAUAGGUCCUAUAUAAACUUAUUGCCUAAAGUCACAUAUUUAAAAAAAUUUCAUUCUUAAUCUGAUUAUAUUUACUAAUAAACAAUUUCUACUUAGUUUCUUGCAAUUUUAGGGACGAAUAGUAUUACAAUUUAUGAUAUAAAAAGUGGAAUUAAAUUCAGUACUAUAAAUGUAGGAUAUUAAAAUAACAAUAUUUAAUUAUUUUAAUUUACGAAAGAUCAAAAUUACUUGAUUUUUGCAUAAGAUAAGCCUAAAUACUAUUUAAUUUAUAAUAUGAAAGAAAAGUAAAUAUAAUAAAUGUAGAAUUCAUAAGCAUCAUUUAUUGAAUGCAUUAAUUACAAUAAUUAAAACUACUUAUUUUUUUAUGAUUAAAAUUUCAAAAUGAAUAAAUAUCUUCUCAUAGAACAAUAAAGCUUUUUUGAUUGUAAAAUUUUCAAACAAUUUUCAUAUUUAGAUAAUUCUACUAAAGUAGUCACGUUUUAUAAUUAAAUUGAAAGAAAAUGGAAAAACCUAACAAAACAUUUUUUAGGAGGUAGAAAUACUAAAAAUAUUUAAAUUACCAAAAAAUUUAAGCUUUUAUAAAUCAGAGCAUCAAGAAUGAAUCAUAUAUAUUAUACCUUGAUAUCAAAUUCAAAUAAAUUGAUAAGAAGGAUUUCUUCUUAAGAUUAUUUUAUUAAGGAUAUUUAUUUUAUAUCUCAAGAUGAAAGCUAUAUAAUAUCAUCUAAGUUAACUUUUUAUGAAAUUUCCACUGGAAAAAUAGCUUUCGAAAUUAGACUAGAUGUAGGUGAAGAGGUUUUAGAUGUGAAAGUAGAUGAUGGGAAAAUAGCAAUUUUAACCUGGGAUAACCUUUAUAUUUAUGAUGAAAUUAAUAAGAAAUAAUAAAAGAGAUGA